AUGGAGGACGUCAUGGAUAAUCAAAUUCUAAAGGCCGGUGACAGCUUUAGCUUAUCUCCGGCCACAUCUAGACUGGCUGGACCACUCACGCGCCAUCGAUGGGGAUACGAGGUAGAUCGUGACACGUCGAGUGAACCCUACUGCCCUCCUGCAACAAUAUUCCCUGUGAUGGUCAAGAGGGCCGGGGGGGGUCCAAAAGUCUCCACCCUCGAUACGACGGAGCCCAAUUUGAUGUUUGGGUCUGGCACAACGGAGCCCAGCCCAGCCCACACACCCGCUGGUGGGGAGGGAGUAAGAGAGUGGGAAGGGUCUUUGCCUCAUCUGGCUGUGUGGAUAGACAGUGAGUGGAUUCUGCUGGUCAGCCACGGGCGGACCAGCACACAGGCCGAAAUGCCGACCUCCCGACCGAAGGGACUGAACCUUGAUUUCCCUCCGGAUUACGGAGGAUUCGACGCGGUUCUUUUCUUCACGGUCCCCAUCUCCCUAAUUCCGUUCCGUCUUCCUGAUCCAGGGCAAGGAUGGGCUCCAGUCAGCCCCCCCUUUCAAGACUCCAAAGCAAUUGUCUUGUCUGGCAAUAAUCAUCCAAAUACUGGGAAGGCCAGUGACACCCAAACGGUCAUCGCGGGCCACCAACACACACUUCCCCAGAACAUCUGCAUGCAGCGCUCACAUCAGGGUGUGGAUUUCGACAAAAACCACUUUUCGUGCUUGUCCUAUUGGCACAAAGUACUCAGUGACUCACGGAGAACAACUCUCGGAGUUACUCUAAUGGCCAUGGGCCCGGCAAUGCCGAAUGCCGAUGCAACGGUUCUUGCGAUCCCCGGGGGCCGCGCGAUUUCUUGUGCUGUGCUUCUUACGAGGUCAUAUGCCAUAGUCCAUAUGCCAUUCGGCCAAGUUGCGAAUGCAAGGACGGGAUUAUCAAAAAGCAAAGAGCUACUAUUACCUCCGUACAAGAUAGGGCUAUCCAGGUGGCAAGAGCAUGAUUGCCACAAAGUAUUUCGUUUUCGCUUCCACACUUGGGUUAAAAGCGCUGAAUCAGCGGCUUACGGAAUCGGCACGGAAGCCCCAAGCUCCGCGGAGACCGACCCGAGCUUCUUGUCAGCUUCGGAGCGGUUGUUCGCCUUAACUCCACGUUUCGGACUUGGCGUAUUGUCAUCCGGCACUAGUUGGCAGUACGUUAUGGAACUUGGUCCCUGCAGCCGUUCAACGGUCAGACUUGUUGGAUCUCGCAAGCCCUUCCGAAUGAGUCAUUUUGUGUCAGAUAUCCAUCAUUUCUGCGGGGACCCUUUCGGCGAUGGGGAAGAGAGCGACCUCGAUAGGACCUCGAAGAUUGCUUGUGUAAUGGGCGGGAAUGAGGAAGUGGGAUGCCGCGACUAA